CAGGUCAACCGGGCGCGGAGCCACGCUGUCCGCCGGGCUGCCCGCGCCGCCGGCGGCUCUGCUCCUGCUCGGCCCCGUGGGGCGACCAGGGCCCUCCGCUCCGUUUCAGCGCUGAAGUCCCGCACCCCGGGGUGGAGUGAGGUCUGGAAACGCCGGCCGCUCCCCGCCUGCACCUGGCCCGGGAGGCUCGGGCGCGCCGCAGAACCCGCCCCGGCCCCGCCCUCCCGGCCGCCCCGUCGGGAAAUCCGCGAGCGGGCAGCGGGAGCUCGGCCUCGGGGAUCCUCGGGCACCAGGAACCCACAGGUAACAGGAGAAAACUGCUUCUUGGAGCACCCAGGCAGCGUGGAGUACAGGAUCAUUGAAGGAAGAGGAAGUCUGGAGCUGGUGGAACCCUGAAAAGUACUGUAAUAGAGACCUUGAGCUCCAGUCUGAGUAACUUGAGCAAACAUCCCUGUGGUGAUGGCGGUGACAGUUUGCUUCCUGGCUGCCACAUGUCUCCCCAAGAGGGAAUAGGAGGGGCAGAGACAAACCCCACUGCAAGGGACCACAAGGCAGUGCCAAGAUGAAGAAGUUGGAGUGACUUGGGUGACUCAGACAAAGAGGUCUUCCUACCGGAGGCUGAGGCCCCAAGCUCUUUCUAAGGUCAGGCCCAGGACUCAGAACUGAGCCUGCUGGGAUCCCCAUGUUGUGGAGGAUGAGGCUCCUCCGCAGACGCCAUAUGCCUCUGCGCCUGGCCAUGGUGGCCAGCAUCUUCAUGCUCUACCUCUUCAUCCGGCAAAAAGAUGAAAGCAGCAGGGAGCAAGUCACAGAGAAACCAUGGCUGAAGUCCCUGGUCGGACAGAAGGAUCAUGUCCUGGAUCUCAUGCUAGGGGCUGUGAACAACCUUAGAGAUUCAAUGCCCAAGCUCCAGAUCAGAGCUCCAGAGGUCCAGCAGCCUCUGGACUCCAUAAACCAAUCUUGUCCUACUGGGUUCUACACCCAAAUUGAGCUAAAGCCUUACUGGGAACGGCCACUACAGGACCCAAACAGCCCUGGGGCAGAUGGGAAAGCAUUUCAGAAGAGUGAGUGGACCCCCCUGGAGACCCAGGAAAAAGAAGAGGGAUACAAGAAGCACUGCUUCAAUGCCUUUGCCAGUGACCGGAUCUCCCUGCAGAGGGCCCUGGGGCCAGACACCCGACCCCCUGAGUGUGUCAACCAGAAGUUCCGACGCUGUCCCUCACUGCCCGCCACCAGCGUCAUCAUUGUGUUCCACAAUGAGGCCUGGUCCACACUGCUGCGAACAGUGUACAGCGUCCUACACACCAGCCCUGCCAUCUUGCUGAAGGAGAUCAUACUAGUAGAUGACGCCAGCACUGAUGAAUACCUGAAGGAGAAGCUGGAGCGGUACGUGGAGCAGCUGCAGAUUGUGAAGGUGGUGCGGCAGGAGGAGCGGAAAGGGCUGAUCACUGCCCGGCUGCUGGGGGCCAGUGUGGCGCAGGCAGAGGUGCUGACGUUCCUGGAUGCCCACUGUGAGUGCUUCUAUGGCUGGCUGGAGCCCCUCCUGGCUCGAAUUGCUGAGGACCAGGUGGCAGUGGUGAGCCCAGACAUCGUCACCAUUAACCUUGACACCUUUGAGUUCUCCAAGCCCAUCCCCGGGGGCAGAGUCCAUAGCCGGGGCAACUUUGACUGGAGCCUGACCUUCGGCUGGGAGACUCUACCUGCACAGGAGAAGCAGAGGCGAGAAGAUGAGACCUACCCCAUCAAAUCCCCGACGUUCGCUGGUGGUCUCUUCUCCAUCUCCAAGUCCUACUUUGAGCACAUCGGUACCUAUGAUAAUCAGAUGGAGAUCUGGGGAGGGGAGAACGUGGAAAUGUCCUUCCGGGUGUGGCAGUGCGGGGGCCGGCUGGAGAUCGCCCCCUGCUCUGUGGUGGGCCAUGUGUUCCGUAGCAGGAGCCCCCACACCUUCCCCAAGGGUACCAGUGUCAUUUCUCGCAACCAAGUCCGCCUGGCUGAGGUUUGGAUGGAUGACUACAAGAAGAUUUUCUACCGAAGAAAUCUGCAGGCAGCAAAGAUAGCCCAAGAGAAAUCCUUUGGUGACAUUUCGGAACGACUGCAGCUGAGGGAACAACUACACUGUCGUAACUUUUCCUGGUUCUUGCACAACAUCUACCCAGAGAUGUUUGUUCCUGACUUGAAUCCCACCUUCUAUGGAGCUAUCAAGAACCUUGGCAUCAAUCAAUGUCUGGAUGUGGGUGAGAACAACCGUGGAGGGAAGCCCCUCAUCAUGUACUCCUGCCAUGGCCUUGGCGGCAAUCAGGUAGACAGCCCACCCAUACCAGGCAGUACUUUGAGUACACAACCCAGAGAGACCUUCGUCACAACAUUGCCAAACAGCUGUGUCUACAUGCCAGUGCUAUCACACUGGGCAUCAGGAGCUGUCACUUCACUGGAAAAAAUACCCAAGUGCCCAAGGAUGAGGAAUGGGAAUUGACCCAGGAUCAUCUCAUCAGGAACUCAGGAUCUGGUACCUGCCUGACAUCCCAGGACAAAAAGCCGGCCAUGGCCCCUUGCAAUCCGAGUGACCCUCACCAGCUCUGGCUCUUCGUCUAGGCCCUCGAUCAUCCCCACUGUAAGCUCCCCUUACCCUCCAAGUCCUCUCAGGAAGCAGGAUUGCCGAUGUCUGAGAACCUGAUCAUCAGUCCUCUGUAGGCCUUCAGGAUGCAUUUGUAAACCACAUGGAUGUCAAGGCAGGACCUUCUUGCCCCUUGCAACAACUCGGCCCAUUUUCUCUCCCCCACACUGAUAGAAGAGAGUAUGUGGACACACCUAAAGCUUUCCUUCUGUUCUUGAACCAAAGGCCUCCAGAGCAGAGGGCAGCAACCCGGAGGUCAAGAAUACCUCUGCAGCCUUGUCUUGAAGCCUUGGUCAGCCAAAGCACCUGCAGAAUUUUGUGAAAUAGUGUGAUCUAAGACAGGGGUUUGAGGUCAAAGAGACGCUCCCCUGCUAAUACCUGGUAUGUAAAACUGAUUACAGUUUACAGAAAGCACCCAGUUAGGUGUCCUUUAUCUUAUUUAAUUUGCACAAUAAUCUUGUGAGAAAGACAGGAUGAGAACUACUGUGUCCAUCUUACAAGUAAGAGAGCAGAGGCAGAGAGAGGUAAAGUAGCUUGUCUACAGUUGCAAAGUAGUGGCUGGUUGAAGCUGGCUCUGAGGCUCAGUCUUCAACACUGAACCAUGACUCAUUACACUUUGCCACAAGAACACUAGGCAACUGGCCGGCAGUUUCCCAUUCCCUCUUUGUCCCGUUCUGACUUUGGAGGUUCUGUCAGUCCAGUCGAGGUUAACAAGAGUCCUGGCAAGACUGAGGAAGCAGAGACACUGGGAAGUCAAGCAAGACUGAUCCCAUCUGCUGUGCUUGCAUGAAGUUCUGGUGGGAAGCAGACCCGAUGUAUGUACCAGCUGUUCUCCAAGCAAGGUGAACUGGACUCCAGUGCACCUGGCUGCUUUGUCUGAUAGAGCUCCCCUUGUCUGGAAGAAAACUGAAAUUCUGUCCAGGUCUUUUGAUGUCAGUAGCAGGCUGUGACCACAUGAGGGUGCCCUGGGACCACCUCUGCCUCCUGUUCUCACCCAACAUGGCAAGAGGCCCCUGGGAGCCUUCAGCACUCCAUAAAGGAGACACUCUGAGGUGCCCCGGCCAAGGGGAAAGGAGAAAGUGGCCAAGACAGGACCUGGAGUGGGAAAAGGAGAAAGUUCUACCUCUGAAGAGAAGAGUUGGAAAUGGGAACCCAGUGGAAAUAAAGGUUUUAUGGCAUUGGUA